AUGUCUAGACAUUCGUCUGACUGUUCGGAUAGUGCCGGCCACCUCAUGUAUCCUAUGGGUCGCACACAUCGUGGAUUCCUGAUUGCCCAGCAACGGAACAGCCAGUCGACCGGUUUAGACUUACCAGCGCAGGUUUCCAGACCUGAUGUGGUGGGAAGUAGUCGUGCUGGUGUUCAGUUAUCCUCAAUGAAUAAGCACCAUCCGUAUAAUCUAGGCAUGGGUCUGACUUCCUCAAGUAUAAUCGAUUCUCCUGCUGGUGGGUUCCAAGGGCUUCCGCAUCCAAUUUCACCCCCAGAAACACCUACUUCGAUGCAAUCUUUCUCCUCUAUAGGCAGCUCUUUCACCACCCCCGCCACCACCAGCACGAUCACCGCCACCUCAUCCACAACCUCGUAUUCCGGUACUGCUACUGCAACUUCCUCUGCCAGUGAUAAUGGCACCGUGAGCCAUAGUUCCACGACUGAAACGCCCAGCAUGACAAUUCCUAUGCCACGCAAUUCAGGCAUAUCGGCAACUAGACCGAUUACUCCUGCCUUGACGCCUACUCCGUCGUCUCCUUCUAGCUGUGCAACGACCCCUGCAGCCUUGAUUUCUGAAAGGAUGCUGGGUCCAGGGUCUGAGCUACUGCACAAUUCGUGCUUGACUCAAUCAUCCUCAUCAACCGCUAUCGGCAAUCAGAAACAGUAUAGGAACAAGUCUUUGCGGCUUGACUCCAGUCCUGACAUACCACCUGGGGUCUCGGCAUAUCUUGAGGCUGCAGUUCUGGCCUGCAUUGAGCGACAUAUGUUUGCCACUCAAAGUGACUUGAUUUUUCCAGAGACUAAGCGAAAUAAGCAAUUUAAGCCAGCCCCCAUCAACUCAGAUUCCGAUGAUGUCACCUGGACUGAUAUGGUAAGCCUUCUAUAUUAA